AUGCCGUUCUCACAUCACUCCCACUCGGGCCAGUUCUGCGCCGAUCACGCCCGCGACUCUCUCGACGACGUGAUCCAAACAGCCAUGGCCAAAGGCAUGGCCGUCUUCGCGCUGACCGAGCACAUGCCCCGGCACGAGCAGGACCGGUACCCGGGGGAGACGGCCACGCUCGAGAUGCACUAUGCCAACGAAGCGGCCUAUGUCGCCGAGGCUCUGCGACUGCGGCAGAAAUACAAGGACAGGAUAGGCCUCCCCCUGGGGUUUGAAGGCGAGUGGAUCCGACCGGAAUCCGAAGACCUGAUCAAGCGGAGCCUGGAGACGCACCCGUACGACUUCUUUAUCGGCUCGGUGCACCACGUCCACACAAUCCCCAUCGACUACGACCACGCCAUGUACAAGGAGGCGCGCUCCAAGGCCGGCGGCACGGACGAGAGGAUCUUUGAGGACUACUUCGACGCCCAAUUCGCCAUGCUGCAGACCCUGAGGCCGCCCGUGGUCGGGCAUUUUGAUCUCAUUCGGCUGAAGAGCGAUGACCCUAACCAGAGUUUCAAGCCCAUGAGGGGAGUCUGGGCACGCAUAUCAAGGAACCUGGAUUGCGUUGCCGAGUACGGGGGAAUCCUGGAAAUCAACUCGGCGGCGGUGAGGAAGGGCAUGGAUGAGCCUUACCCAAAGGCAGAGAUUUGCGAGGCCGCGCUGGAGAGGGGCAUUCGCUUUUGCUUGUCUGAUGACAGUCACGGCGUCGACCAGGUCGCUCAUAGCUACCCACGUGUCUUGGAACUUCUGGAAAAGGUCGGGAUCAAGUCUGUAACCUUUCUGAGCCACCGUGAACGUGAAGCCGGUGCGGCACAACCAAGCCCUGUCCACGACCAUCACUUUCCGACCUUGUAUACCGAGCAAAUCGGCCUAAAGGAGCUCCGAGAACACCGGUUUUGGGGUCAGUGA